AUGGAGAACACGUUAUACAUACAGGCCUUUGUGGUUGUAAUCAUACCAUCGCCUGUGAUUGAACCACGCCAAGGUAUUGACACUUCGCUUGCUGACUCUGCGCCAACACCAACCAAUGCUUCUAUACCUAUUGGACCUACUGCUGAUUCAACUACAUACGAUUUGAGUAAAGCCACGGCAUCUGCUACUGCAAGUCCCUUGCCUGUGGGAACCGCACCAAUUAAACGACGAUAUCUAACGGCCCGUCAGACGGCGUGCCAACCUCUUCCUACUGGAGCUGGACCUAUGCCGACCCCUGAUACUGAUGGUAGCUUCCUUAACUACAGUACAUUCUCAACUAAUGCCAGUCAAGCUUCUACUCCGUCUGGCUACAAUAAAACUUAUGUGAACCUACAUGCGAGAAGCGAGUCCUACGGGUAUCUUGGCUUCAACGCCAUCGAUUCAUAUGAUACCCAAAACUGUGCCAGCCAGUGUAGUACAAUCUGGCGCGGAUGCCAAGGUUUCAAUAUCUUCUUCGAGAGGGACCCUUCUAUUGAACCAGGGCCGAAUUGCACAAAUCCAUCUUCAACAACCACCAUUAAAUGUAUUUUCUGGGGCGGUCUAGUCUCAGCAGAGACAGCUAGCAAUACAGGUCAGUAUAUAGCUGACUUCCAUGUCGUCAUCGCGGGAUCCAAUGGCUAUAUGAAAAACGCUAUUCCUCCUGUGCCCGGUUAUGAUGGAGAAGCGACUGGAAACAACACAAUUGAUGUGCCAGGGCCUGACCUUGGCGAACCAUCUGUAACUACAACAGCUACCACAUCUACUAAUAGUACAACCUCCACUUCAUCCACGGCAAGCCCGACAUCUGGCUCUAGCUCAGUCACUGCUUCGACUUCGUCUACGGGAAGUGCAACCACGACAGUUACUACGAGCAGUACCACCACCUCUUCUCCUACUACAAGCAGCACAACUCCCCCGGGCGCAGGUCCCGGAACAGGGACUUACAUCGGAUCUAAGAUAUUUACGAACACCUAUUUCGACCCAGCUCUCUGUGCCGCGGCAUGUGAUUCCCAGAAUCAGAAUAAUUGGUCCCACCCUCCUAGCCGAGGUCAACCACAGAUUUGCCGAUUCUUCACAACAUACUUGUUGUACAAGAAUGGUCAGCCUAUCGGGCAGUAUUGUGCCCUAUACACGCAGUACUAUUCCAGCUCCUAUGCUACCAACAGCGGUACACAAAGUGGAGGGAACAGUCUUGAUGUUCGCCAUGCUUAUUCGUACAGAAAUACGAAGGUAUAG